GCCUACUAGAGGAGAGGAGGGACCGACGGGGAAGACAAGCCCCACCUAGCAGCCAAUCAGCGCCUGCUAGACCCGCCAUCUGCAAGACGGAGCAACUCGUCCUCGAAGACACCUCUCCUUCAUGGCAGAUAGACGAGCCAAUGCAACUGGGAGGCCGUCGACUCACCACCGCCGAGAGGGAACGCCGUUUUCGCCUCCAACUGUGCCUAUACUGUGGAGGCGCUGAUCACCUCAUCUCCCGCUGCAAGGAACUGCCACGCCCCGCGGCACGGCCACGAGCGCGCCCUCACUCGCCAGAGGACACGUCCACCAGAGGUCGCCGUUCUCCUUCGUUGGCCGCAGGCAGAAUGCAGCUAAAAGUGGACGCUUCUGAUUCAGGUGUAGGGGCCGUACUCUCCCAGCAAUCUACCAGCGACCAGAAGUUGCACCCCUGUGCUUUCUUCUCUCGUCGCCUAUCCCCUGCCGAGAAGAAUUAUGACAUUGGCAACAGGGAGCUUCUGGCGGUCAUCUUGGCCCUUCAGGAGUGGAGACACUGGCUGGAAGGGGCGGAGCUACCAUUCAUCGUCUACACGGACCACAAGAACCUGUCCUACUUAAGGACCGCACAGAGACUGAACCCUCGCCAGGCCAGGUGGGCACUAUUUCUGACCCGUUUUAACUUUAUCAUCACUUUCCGACCUGGUUCUCAGAAUGGGAAGCCCGAUGCCCUGUCCCGUGUCUACUCUUCGUCCUUGGAAGAUUCCUCACCUGAACCUAUUGUUCCCCAUACCCACUUCAUUGGGGGACUCCAGUGGGACAUCGAGCGGCAGGUCUUGGAGGCCCUGAAGUCGGACACAUCUCCGCGGGGCUGCCCACCAGGUCGGCUGUUUGUGGUUCCUCGGCUCCGUUCCAGCGUUCUGGAUUGGGCACAUGGGUCGAAGAUCGCUUGCCAUCCAGGCAUUCGUCGUACCAGUUUUAUCCUCUCCCAGCGUUUUUGGUGGCCAUCCAUUCUGGCAGAUACGAAGGCGUUUGUGGCAGCAUGUCGGGUCUGCUCCCGGAACAAGGCAUCCCACCAGGCUCCAGCAGGACUGCUACACCCAUUACCCAUCCCCUCCCGCCCGUGGUCACACAUAGCUGUGGAUUUUGUCACAGGACUGCCCCCCUCUGAGGGAAGCGACACCAUUUUGACCAUUGUGGACCGGUUCUCGAAGAUGGCCCAUUUCGUAGCCCUCCCCAAGCUGCCGUCUGCUCUUGAAACAGCCCAAUUAUUAGUGCUCCACGCUUUCCGGCUGCACGGCAUCCCCACUGAUGUUGUAUCCGACAGAGGGCCACAGUUCUCCUCGGCCGUCUGGAGAGCAUUCUGCAAGUCUCUGGGGGCCUCCCCUAGCCUAUCCUCCGGCUACCACCCUCAGAGCAAUGGACAGACCGAGCGGACCAACCAAGACCUGGAGGCGGCCAUCCGGUGCACUUGUCAUCAGCAACCCGCAACCUGGUCUGAGAGUCUCCCUUGGAUAGAAUACGCUCACAACUCUCUCAUUAGCUCCGCCACCGAGGGGGGAUACUCUGCCACGGACAUUUUCCAGUGCUACGACACAAGAACCCAGACAUGGGAAGCAAAAAGCAGCAUGCUGAUGGGUCGCUGCAACCAUGGCUCAGUGGAGGCCAAUGGACUCAUUUACGUUUGUGGAGGAUCUGUGGGCAACCCGGUCUCUGGCACGGUCAUCGACGACUGUGAGGCGUUUGAUCCCAGCACCCAAGAAUGGAGAUCACUGGCCGCAAUGAAAGAGCCCAGGAAGAACCGCGGGUUGGCGGUGAUCGACAACACAAUCUAUGCUUUUGGAGGACGGGGGAAAAAAGGUCCACUAAACACGGUGGAGUGCUACGACAUUGCCAGUGACACAUGGAACGCAGCCCCACGGAUGCCGUUGUGCAGCGAAACUGUCAAGUGUGUUGUCGUAAGGGAUGUGGUUUACGUGUUCGUGGGGCAUAAAGGAGCUUCCCGGCUUGGACGGGUGAUGGAGUACCACACAAACGAGGGGGGAUACUCUGCCACGGACAUUUUCCAGUGCUACGACACAAGAACCCAGACAUGGGAAGCAAAAAGCAGCAUGCUGAUGGGUCGCUGCGACCAUGGCUCAGUGGAGGCCAAUGGACUCAUUUACGUUUGUGGAGGAUCUGUGGGCAACCCGGUCUCUGGCACGGUCACCGACGACUGUGAGGCGUUUGAUCCCAGCACCCAAGAAUGGAGAUCACUGGCCGCAAUGAAAGAGCCCAGGAAGAACCACGGGUUGGCGGUGAUCGACAACACAAUCUAUGCUUUUGGAGGACGGGGGAAAAAAGGUCCACUAAACACGGUGGAGUGCUACGACAUUGCCAGUGACACAUGGAACGCAGCCCCACGGAUGCCGUUGUGCGGCGAAACUGUCAAGUGUGCCGUCGUAAGGGAUGUGGUUUACGUGUUCGUGGGGCAUAAAGGAGCUUCCCGGCUUGGACGGGUGAUGGAGUACCACACAAACGGUGACAGAUGGAUGACCAAUUAUCAAAUGUUUCACAUGCCGACCAGCCUGGUUUGUGCCUUCAAAACAUGCGGCGGCGGUAACGAGGAAUCUCGGAGAUUCCCAGGAACCGAGCGACUCUGUUGCCACCCCGUCGUUAACAUUGUCAUCCUUAACGAGCACAGAGGCGUAAUUAACUACAGCUUCCAUGUUUAUGUUGAUUUUUGA